AUAAAACAGUUAUAGAAUUGUCUGACGCUCUCAUUUUUCGUGAAAAUCCCUUUGUCAACAAUACUUCAAAAGUGUUUUGUUGUCCUCUCACAGCAUAUUUGUAGUCUGCGUGUGCUCGUAUCGUCUAAUAGAAAGGUAGAGAGAAAGAAACCGUACAUGGGCACACGGUAUCUCAAUUAUCCAUUAGUUCAAAUAUCUUACUUGGUAUGACGACAUCGUUUUGUUAAAUAUUUAUAUUAUAGCUGAAAUACCUGUUACCUAGUGUAUGAUUAACUAAAGGCAUUGUAGAAAGAGUUAUCAAACUAUAAAACCGGCAACAAACUUGUUAUCUUAUUUGUCGACAAACUGAUCACUCUUUCUUAUUUAAAGUAACUGCAAAGUUGCGAAGAAGGUUCGUUGGAAGGGGAUAUAUAUAAUCCGAUCUCGUGAAAUGAGCGGAGGUUAUUCACAAGGCUCAGCUGCAGAGGUACAAAGUCCAAACAUGGCGAAAUCGUCUCGAGCGUAUCUUGGAAUCGGGUUUCUUGUUGGAGUUCUUAUCGGCCUUGCUUUAUUUUUUGGACUCUACUUCGGAUUACCACCUCCAAAAUGCACUAACGAAGUAAAUGAAAAUAUAGUAAACCGCCCGAACAAUGCAGAGUAUUCGACAGCAGCGGUAGCUUCAGAUGCAGGACCUUGUUCUGAAAUCGGUACAAAAAUCUUGAAGAAAGGAGGCUCCGUUGUUGAUGCAGGAAUAGCAACUAUGGUAUGCGGAGGACUGUAUAAUCCACAAAGUGCUGGUAUCGGAGGCGGAUCUUUCAUGUCUGUUUUCGAUGCUAAAACGGGAGAUACGUUAUUUAUCAACAGCAGGGAAACUGCACCCUUGGCUGCUGAUAAAGAUAUGUUUGAUGGAAAUGGAUUUCUUUCACAAAUAGGUUCGAGAGCAAUAGCGGUACCCGGAGAAGUUGCUGGGUAUUGGGAAGCCCAUCAGAGAUAUGGACUCCUACCAUGGGAAGAGUUGUUCGAAGAUUCGAUAAAAAUUGCAUAUGAGGGGAUGAAAGUCAGUUUAGCACUUGAACGAGAUAUCGCGAAAGAAGAGCAAUAUAUCAUGAAUUCUACUUUUAAUUUGAAACCUAUCUUCACCAACCCUGACGGUAGUCUCAAGAAAGAAGGGGACAUAAUUGUCAGGCCUACAUUUGCACAAACGUUACGUGCUAUUGCAGACGAAGGUAUUCAUGGCUUCUAUAACGGAACACUUGCAAAGAGAAUAGUUGCUGACAUAGAAGACGCUGUGGAAGAUUCUAUUAUCACAAUAGAAGACCUAAAUAAAUAUCAAGUUGAGGUCAAGCCAUUACUUAAUAUAUCAAUCGGGAAUAACUUUUUAUAUACACCGGGACCUCCUAGCAGUGGAGCAGUCCUUACGUUAAUUCUUAAUAUAUUGAAUGGUUAUGAAUUUACGCCUGACAGUUUGAAAGGAACACAAGCGUCUAUUCUAACAUACCAUAGAAUCGUGGAAGCAUUCAAAUUUGCUUACGCUCAUCGAUCUGAACUUGGAGAUGAACGAUUCAACGAUGACGUUAAAGAGCUUGUAGCCAACAUGACUUCUCCUAGUUACGCCGAAGAACUUCGAUUGAAAAUCAGCGAUGAAACAACACAACCAUCUGCAUAUUAUGGAGGGGAUUUUGCCAGACUACCAAAUGAUUUUGGGACUUCUCAUAUCAGCAUUGUUGAUAAAGAUGGGAAUGCAUUUUCCGCUACUGGAACAAUAAACUUGAGAUUCGGGUCCAAAGUUCGCGGCAUACGUACAGGAAUAAUAUUUAACGACGAGAUGGACGAUUUCUCUUCACCAAAUGUUACAAAUUAUUUUGGGCUGCCUCCGUCACCAAACAACUUUAUCGCGCCUGGAAAACGACCAAUGUCCUCUAUGGUUCCAACAAUUGUUUUGGACAAAAAUACAGGAAAAAUCAGGAUGGCCACUGGAGCUUCUGGUGGAACAAAAAUUACAACAGGAACUGGUUUGGUUGCGAUAAACACACUGUGGUUCGGAGAUUCUCUUCAAGAUGCAACGUCCAGAACGCGUAUCCAUCAUCAGUUAUUUCCAGAAUAUAUUCAAUACGAAGAAGGAUUUAAUAUGGAUGUAAUCGCUGGACUACAGGCUAAAAAUCACGAAGUCCAGUCGUUCGCACCACCUGGAUCCGUCGUACAGUCCAUUCUCACAUCACCAGACAAUGGGGGCAUGACCGCUGUAUCGGACGAACGAAAGGGUGGUUAUCCGGAUGGAUAUUGAUAAAAGAUAUAAAAUUGAACCUCCUCGUCAACAUCAUCAGCAGCACAGACUAUUCGCAGUUCUUCCUAUUUUUAUUUCUAUAUCACUGACCUCACAUGACGUAAAUAUAAUUACUGAUAAUUGCAUCAGUACAUCUUCUAUUUUUUUCCGAUUAAACUCGUUAAUUAAUACCUAAUUUACGAAUUUUGUAUCUUUCACAUUUUCCUUAUGGAAGGAGUUAUUAUUUCGACAUUUAAUUACUAAAAUAUUUUUGAAAUAACAUUAGUUGCAUUAAUUUUGAUUUUGACAAAAAGCUACCAUUUUUGUACUCCCGAAGUAUGUGGACCAAUAUGGCCGACACCGGAACGUAGUAUGUGUACCAGGUUAGGGUUUGGCCAUAAUUUUAUUCCAAUUCUCUUGUUUUAGACCUUUUGGCCUAACCCUAACCUGGUAAACAUACUACGUUCCGGUGUCCACCAUAUUGGUUCACAUACCUCAGGGGUAUCAACAUUUCUGUUUCAUACUGCUAUUCUAAGCAUCAAUUUAUUUUGAUACAAAUUAAACUGAAAGAUCAAGCUGA